CUUCUGUCUUCUGUGUUUGUUUGUCUUUCCUUUCCUUCCCUUUCCUUCCCUUUCCUUUUCUCCCCCAAAACUUUGGUUCUGGUCUUCUAGGGUUCUCUUCCAGGAUUUCCCCGUUAAAACGUCGCCGUUUCGCUCCCUCAUUCGUCUUUUAGUUGUCGGCCGAGAUGAAGCUCACCGUCAAGACUCUCAAAGGCCGUCACUUCGAAAUCAGGGUUCAGCCAGCCGACACAGUUAUGGCUGUUAAGAAGAACAUUGAAGAUGUACAAGGCAAGGACAAUUAUCCUUGUGGACAGCAGUUACUGAUUCACAAUGGGAAGGUAUUGAAAGAUGAGACUACACUGGCGGAGAACAAGGUUUCGGAAGACGGUUUCCUUGUUGUCAUGCUUAGCAAGAGUAAAACAUUAGGUUCUGCUGGGGCCUCGUCUACUCAGCCAGCUUCUACAAACCCUCCUGCUACUGCGCCAACCUCAAAUGCUGCUGCUCCUGCUGCUCCUGCUGAAGCUGAAGCUCCUGCUGCCCCUGCUGAAGCUGAAGCUCCUGCUGCCCCUGCUGAAGCUCCUGCUGUUCCGGCUCAAGCUCCCGUGACUAGCGAUACCUAUGGUCAAGCUGCUUCAAAUUUGGUUGCUGGUAGUAAUCUUGAGCAGACCAUUCAACAAAUAAUGGAUAUGGGUGGUGGCAACUGGGAUAGAGAAACAGUGACCCGAGCACUCCGAGCAGCUUAUAACAAUCCAGAACGUGCAGUGGACUACUUGUACUCUGGUAUUCCAGAAGCUGCAGAAGUUGCAGUGCCCGUGGCUCGUUUUCCUGCAAGUCAGGCAACUGAAACUGGUGCAACCACUGCUCCUGCCUCUGGGGCACCUAAUUCGGCUCCCUUGAAUAUGUUUCCUCAGGAAACACUUGCUGGUGCUGGUGCUGGUGGUGCGCUUGGAUCUCUUGAUUUCCUUAGGAACAACCAACAGUUUCAAACUCUGCGUUCAAUGGUGCAAGCUAAUCCACAAAUUUUACAGCCCAUGCUACAGGAGCUUGGAAAGCAGAACCCCCAGCUUUUACGAUUGAUUCAGGAGCACCAAGCGGAGUUCCUUCAGUUAAUAAAUGAACCGCUUGAGGGUUCUGAAGGUGACAUUUUUGAUCAGCCCGAGCAAGACAUGCCUCAUGCCAUCAAUGUCACGCCAGAAGAACAGGAGGCUAUUGAACGGCUUGAGGCAAUGGGAUUUGACAGAGCCCUAGUCAUCGAAGCAUAUUUGGCGUGCGAUCGCAAUGAGGAAUUGGCUGCAAAUUACCUAUUGGAGCAUGCUGGAGAUUUUGAGGAUUAAAUGAUGACCCCUGUGGCUGUACCAUUGGAUUCAUAGUUUUUAGGUUUUUGGAUCCGUGCCUAUUUCAGCUUCUUCACUAGGAUAGCGUUUUGGAGUAAAUUUAUGUACUUUAAUAAGGUAUUUGUUAUAAUUAAUUUUGCCGAGAUUAAUUAUUUAUCCUGGUACGAGAAAUUUUCCUUUGUCAUGGCUUCUUUUAUUUACGGAGAAUUAACUAUUAUUUUUUUAUU